AUGCAGCAAACGGGCAACAAUGCGGCAUCAAAUGCCGCAGUGCAAGGAAUACUGCCCCCGGGGGUGAACAAGGAGCAGCUACAGGCAAUGUACAAGGAAUACCAAACCAAUAAGCAGAAUGGCGUUCCCGAGACCGAUCCAGGCCAGGCGAAGUUGCGGACUAUCUUGACCCAGGUGCAUCAUCGGACGGAAGUGUUGAAGCGGCAGGCAGCUGCGCGGCAGCAACAACAGCAAUUCCAACAACAACAGCAAGCCGCCAUGCAGCAGAAUGGGGCCGUGACCCAGCAGCACCAGAAUGGCGGCUCGAAUGGCCAGGCGCAAGGCUCCACACCUACCUCAAACGGCGGCAUUCACGCUGCACAACAACAACCUCCCAGUCUCUCGAAUAGCGUAGCUGGACAGGCCGAAGCCGCAAGCGACGCUUCAUUCAGCAAAGAACAGCAAUAUACACUUCGCGCUCAGAUGCAUGCGUUUGGCGCACUUCAGAAGAAUAGGCCCAUUCCUCCAGAAGUCGCUGAUAGAAUAUUUCCGUCGAGGCAGGACAAGAAAGCAGCUGGCUUGACUGAGAAUCUGGGUGCUGCGGGCAAGGUUCUUGAGGAGGCAGCAAAGGGCUCUACUGGGAAAGUGACACCAGAAGGCGAGGAUGAUGCCCGCCCCCGACACCGUUUCGACACCUUUACGGAUCCUUACAGCAUGUUGGCGAAGAAUAUCAGCUACUCCGAUCACACACAUCGCCCGUACAGGUCAAUGAUCCCGAGCAUAAUGCCUCUUGGUGUUGAUCCGGAGCGCGUGAGAGAGGAGCGCGAGAAUAUUGUGUACAACCGUGUGCUCACACGGAAGAAUGAGCUCGCGAAGCUGCCUGCGAAUAUUGGUGCGUGGGAUUCGAGCAAGUCGGAAACACCAGAGGACAACACAAACCUGAAGCUACGAGCUCUCAUCGAGUACAAGAUGUUGUCUCUCCUGCCCAAGCAACGGGAAAUGCGUCAAAAGGUCGGCAAGGAGAUGGUCCUCUCAGACAACCUCUCCAUGACGGCCAAUCGCUCUUCAUACCGUCGGGUCAAGAAACAAUCUCUCCGGGAGGCCCGCAUCACCGAGAAGCUCGAGAAGCAACAGAGAGAUGCCGCUGAGAAUAAGGAGAAGAAGAAGCACAAUGAGUACCUCCGAUCUAUUGUUCAGCACGCGGAUGAUAUUAGAAACAACGCUCUGCAACACAGAUCGCGCGUACAGAAGCUUGGACGCAUGAUGGCAGCUCACCACGUGAACAUCGAAAAGGAAGAGCAGAAACGCAUCGAGCGUACUGCAAAGCAGCGUCUGCAGGCUUUGAAGGCCAACGACGAAGAGACAUAUCUCAAGCUGCUCGGACAGGCCAAGGAUUCUCGUAUUUCGCACUUGCUGAAACAGACCGACGGCUUCCUCAAGCAGCUUUCCGAUUCAGUCAAGGAGCAACAGCGGACCAACCAUGCGCGGUACGGCGGCGAAUAUGCACCUGUCGAAGAAGAGGACCCAGUUGUUGGAGACGAAGUUGAYAGUGAAGAUGAGACCAAACCCAAGGUCGACUACUACGAGGUGGCUCAUCGUAUCAAGGAGGAAGUCACUGGUCAAUCAUCGAACCUGGUUGGCGGUCAGCUCAAGGAGUAUCAAGUCAAGGGAUUGCAGUGGAUGAUAUCACUGUACAACAACAACUUGAACGGUAUCUUGGCAGACGAGAUGGGUCUCGGAAAGACUAUCCAGACGAUCUCACUCAUCACAUACCUGAUCGAGAAGAAGAGACAAAACGGGCCGUUCCUGGUGAUCGUACCCCUCAGCACUCUGACCAACUGGAACAGCGAAUUUGAGAGAUGGGCGCCGAGCGUAACGCGCAUUGUCUACAAGGGACCUCCGAACCAGCGCAAGAACCAUCAGAACCAGAUUCGAUACGGCAACUUCCAAGUCUUGCUCACCACUUACGAAUUCAUUAUCAAGGACCGGCCGGUGUUGAGCAAAGUCAAGUGGUUGCACAUGAUUGUUGAUGAGGGUCACCGAAUGAAGAACGCCAACUCCAAACUCAGCAACACCAUUACGACCUAUUAUCACACCCGCUUCCGAUUGAUUCUUACCGGUACUCCGCUUCAGAACAACCUCACUGAGCUGUGGUCUAUGCUGAACUUUGUCCUUCCGAACAUUUUCAAGUCUGCAACAUCGUUUGAUGACUGGUUCAACACUCCAUUCGCUAAUACUGGUGGUCAAGACAAGAUGGCACUGACUGAAGAAGAGUCGCUUCUCGUUAUUCGUCGUCUUCACAAGGUUCUACGGCCGUUCUUGCUGCGUCGUCUCAAGAAGGAUGUCGAAAAGGAUCUGCCUGACAAGCAAGAGCGUGUCAUCAAAUGCAACCUGUCCGCACUGCAGGCCAAGUUGUACAAGCAACUCAUGCUGCACAACCGAAUCAACGUUAUGACCGCUGAUGGAAAGAAGACUGGAAUGCGUGGCUUGAGCAAUAUGCUGAUGCAGCUCCGCAAGCUCUGCAACCACCCCUUCGUGUUCGAGGAAGUUGAAGACCAGAUGAACCCCAACAAGAUGACUAACGAUCUCAUCUGGCGUACCGCAGGCAAAUUCGAGCUUCUUGAUCGGGUGUUGCCAAAAUUCCAGGCCACUGGUCAUCGAGUGCUCAUGUUCUUCCAGAUGACACAGAUCAUGAACAUCAUGGAGGACUUCUUGCGCUUCCGUGGCAUCAAAUACCUCCGUUUGGAUGGUAGCACCAAGGCCGACGACCGAUCGGAGCUUCUCAAGCUGUUCAACGCGCCGGGUUCUGAGUACUUUUGUUUCCUGCUCUCCACUCGUGCAGGUGGUCUUGGUCUCAACUUGCAGACUGCCGACACCGUCAUCAUCUACGACUCCGAUUGGAAUCCCCACCAGGAUUUACAAGCUCAGGAUCGUGCCCAUCGUAUCGGUCAGAAGAACGAAGUCCGAAUCUUGCGGUUGAUCACGUCGAACUCUGUUGAAGAAAAGAUUCUUGAACGUGCGCAAUUCAAACUGGACAUGGACGGCAAGGUCAUUCAGGCCGGUAAAUUCGAUAACAAGUCCACAAACGAGGAACGUGACGAGAUGUUGCGAGUCAUGUUGGAGUCUGCAGAAGCUGUCGAGAGUCUGGAGCAAGAUGAGAUGGAGGAUGAUGAUCUGAACAUGAUCAUGAUGAGGCACGACCAUGAAUUGCCAAUCUUCCAAAAACUUGACCAAGAGCGUGCGAAGAACACUCCAUAUGGUGUUGAUAAGAAGCUCCCGCGUCUGCUCGGCGAGAGCGAACUUCCAGACAUUUACAUGAACGACGACAAUCCGGUGGUGGAAGAGAUUGAGAUCAACUAUGGUCGUGGUACCCGUGAGCGUGCAAAGGUCAAGUAUGACGAUGGCCUUACGGAAGAGCAGUGGCUUGAUGCUGUCGACGCUGAUGACGACACUAUCGAGGACGCCAUUGCACGUAAGCAAGCUAGAGCUGCCAAGAGGGGAGGAAAGAAAGACGAGGACACGCCGCCACCGGAGGUCGACAGUGAGGAUGAGACACCAGCACCCAAGAAGCGUGGACGCAAGUCGACGGGCAGGCCUGAAAAGCGCAAGGCGGAUGAAGCCUCGCUGGAUCGCCAUCCCGAGCCGCCGAAGAAGUCGCGAGGCCGCGGCGGCAAGAUUGUGGAGACCCUUUCCAAGGAGGACCGCGAAACACUGCAGGUCAUACUUGACAACGUCCACGACUCACUCCAAGAUCUCGAGGAGGAGUCAACUGACCCCAACGUCCCCAACCGUGGCAUCAUMGAUCCAUUCCUGGAACUACCACCUAAGCUCGACUACCCUGAUUACUACCAAUUGAUCAAGAACCCCAUCUGCAUGAAACAGAUUGAGAACAAGAUCAACAAGAAGCAAUAUCAAAAUCUGAGGCAGUUCCGCGCUGAUAUAUCGCUGCUAUGCUCAAACUGCCGGCAGUACAACGAGGACGGCAGCAUCUUGUAUCAAGAUGCGAAUAUGAUCGAGAGUGCAUGUAUGGAGAAGCUACGAGAAGAAAUGGCCAAUCACCCCGGCUCGCAAGAUCUCGAAGGUGACAGCGUAGAUGGGAACUCAACGCGACCAAUGUCGAGCGUGAGCACUCCGCAAACAGCUUCAAAACCGGCCAUCAAGCUCAAGCUGGGCAAUGGACCUUCACGGGCAAAUGGAAAUUCUUCGCGGGGCGGCACAGAGAGUCUGGUGCAGAGCGAUAGCGAGUAG